AUGGCAAAAAAGCUAAAAGUUUUGGACCUGAGAAACUGCAAAUGCUUAACAAGGACACCCGAUUUGUCGACUUCCCCGGAUUUGGAGAUAUUGAUACUUGCUGGCUGCUCCAAGUUAAUUACAGUUGAUUGCUCCAUUAGUAAGCUACAGCUCUUGAAAACUCUAAAUAUGGAUGGAUGUGACUCUAUUGAGGAGUUGCUUGAAGAGAUCUUGGACUUGUCAUGUACUCGUAUUUCUGGUUUACCAGACACAAUCACUCAUCUCUCUCAACUGGAAGAGUUACAUGUCCGAGAUUGUAGGGAUCUUAUGAGUGAAAUCCCAGAUGCAAUUGGCGAACUAUCCCACUUGAGGAUCUUGGACUUCUCUGGUACUUACAUUUUUGGUUUGCCGGCCACAAUCACUCAUCUCUCUUACCUAGAAGAGUUACGUGUUCGGGAUUGUAGGUAUCUUACGAACAAAAUCCCAAAUGCAAUUGGCGGACUAUCUCGCUUGAGGAUCUUGGACUUCUCUAGAACUAGUAUUUCUGGUUUGCCUACCACGAUUGCUCAUCUCUCUCAUCUAGAAGAGUUACGUGUCCAAGGUUGUUUUUAUCUAUCGAGCCAAAUACCAGAUGCAAUUGGGGGACUACCUCGCUUGAGGAUCUUGGACUUCUCUGGUACUUGUAUUUUUGGUUUGCCUGCCACAAUCACUCAUCUCUCUCACCUAGAAGAGUUACAUGUCCAGUAUUGUGGGGAUCUUACGGGUAAAAUCCCAUAUGCAAUUGGCAAACUAUCUCGCUUGAGGAUCUUGGACUUCUCUGGUACUUGUAUUUCUGGUUUGCCUGCCAUGAUCCCUCAUCUCUCUCACCUAGAAGAGUUACGUGUUCGGGAUUGUAGGGAUCUUGGUGGCAAAAUCCCAAAUGCAAUUAACAAACUAUCUAGCUUGAGGAUCUUGGAUUUCUCGAGUACUCGUAUUUCUGGUUUGCCUGCCACGAUCACUUGUCUUUCUCACCUAGAAGAGUUACAUGUCCAGGAUUGUGGGGAUCUUACGGGUAAAAUCCCAGAUGCAAUUGGCAAACUAUCCCAUUUGAGGAUCUUGGACUUUUCUAGAACUAGUAUUUCCGGUUUGCCUGCCACGAUCGCUCAUCUCUCUCACCUAGAAGAGUUACGUGUCCAAGGUUGUCGGAAUCUAUCGGGCCAAAUAUCAGAUGCAAUUGGCAAACUAUCCCGCUUGAGGAUCUUGGACAUCUCUGGAACUGGUAUUUCUGGUUUGCCUAUCAUGAUCGCUCAUCUCUCUCACCUAGAAGAGUUACGUGUCGAAGGUUGUCGAAAUCUAUUGAGCCAAAUACCAUAUGCAAUUGGCGAACUAUCCCAUUUGAGGAUCUUGGACUUCUCUGGAACUUGUAUUUCUGGUUUGCCUGUCACGAUCGCUCAUCUCUCUCACCUAAAAGAGUUGCAUGUCCAGGAUUGUGAGGAUCUUACAGAUGAAAUCCUAGAUGCAAUUGGCAGACUAUCUUGCUUGAGGAUCUUGGACAUCUCUGGAACUGGUAUUUCUGGUUUGCCUACCACAAUCUCUCAUCUCUCUCACCUAGAAGAGUUACGUGUCCGAGGUUGUCGCAAUCUAUCGAGCCAAAUACUAGAUGCAAUUGGCGAACUAUCCCGCUUGAGGAUCUUGGACAUCUCUGGAACUGGUAUUUCUGGUUUGCCUACCACGAUCGCUCAUCUCUCUCACCUAGAAGAGUUACGUGUCCAAGGUUGUUGGAAUCUAUCGAGCCAAAUACCAGAUGCAAUUGGCGAACUAUCCCGCUUGAGGAUCUUGGACUUCUCUGGAACUUGUAUUUCUGGUUUGCCUAUCACGAUCGCUCAUCUCUCUCACCUAGAAGAGUUGCAUGUCCAGGAUUGUGAGGAUCUUACAGGUGAAAUCCUAGAUGCAAUUGGCAGACUAUCUCGCUUGAGGAUCUUGGACAUCUCUGGAACUGGUAUUUCUGGUUUGCCUACCAUGAUCUCUCAUCUCUCUCACCUAGUAGAGUUACGUGUCCAAGGUUGUUGCAAUCUAUCGAGCCAAAUACUAGAUGCAAUUGGCGAACUAUCCCGCUUGAGGAUCUUGGACAUGUCUGGAACUGGUAUUUCUGGUUUGCCUACUACGAUCGCUCAUCUCUCUCACCUAGAAGAGUUACGUGUCCAAGGUUGUUGCAAUCUAUCGAGCCAAAUACUAGAUGCAAUUGGCGAACUAUCUCGCUUGAGGAUCUUGGUCUUCUCUGGAACUGGUAUUUCUGGUUUGCCUACCACGAUCGCUCAUCUCUCUCACCUAGAAGAGUUACGUGUCCAAGGUUGUCGGAAUGUAUCGAGCCAAAUACCAGAUGCAAUUGGCAAACUAUCCCGCUUGAGGAUCUUGGACAUCUCUGGAACUGGUAUUUCUAGUUUGCCUACCACGAUCGCUCAUCUCUCUCACCUAGAAGAGUUACAUGUCCAAGAUUGUUGGAAUCUAUCAAGCCAAAUACUAGAUGCAAUUGGCGAACUAUCCCGCUUGAAGAUCUUGGACUUCUCUAGAACCGGUAUUUCUGGUUUGCCUGCCACGAUCGCUCAUCUCUCUCACCUAGAAGAGUUACAUGUCCAGGAUUAUGAGGAUCUUACGGGUAAAAUCUCAGAUGCAAUUGGCAAACUAUCCCAUUUGAGGAUCUUGGACUUCUCUAGAACUAGUAUUUCUGGUUUGCCUGCCACGAUCGCUCAUGUCUCUCACCUAGAAGAUUACGUGUCGAAGGUUGUCGGAAUCUAUCGAGCCAAAUACCAGAUGCAAUUGGCAAACUAUCCCGCUUGA